AUCAAUGUUCAAAAGAUCAUUUUGUCUUUUAUUUUUUCCUUCAGCCAACAGUGCUGUGUUUCCACAUAGUGAAAUAUCUUCAUGCAUGCCACAAUUCCACAGAUGUCUACCCAGGCACCUAGUAUAUGCCCAGGCCUGGGGGCAGUGGAGGGGUGCCACCUGGGAGUCGAGAUGGCAGUGGGAUAUGUCGAAGCAGUAGCAUCAGCAGUGGAAACGGCUGGUCUGGAGGCAAGAUAAUGUCCCUGUCAUCCAUGAGUGAGAGUGUGCACAGUGGCCUGAGCUGUUUCUUGUCGGAGCAAGCACUGGAGCAGGAGGAAAGGCAGCAGCGCAGCAGGCAGUUAGCAGAGUUCCAGCGCCUGAGAGAGGUUCGUGCAGCUGCUCAGCUCAAAAACCUGGAGGAUUUCCUUAGGAUGAACCAUGUGUCACUCAGGGACACAAUGUCUUAUUCCACUGGCAUGAUCUACAGAAAUCUGGGCAAAUCUGGGCUGAGGGUGUCCUGUCUUGGAUUAGGCACGUGGGUUACCUUUGGAGGCCAGAUAACGGAUGAGGUAGCAGAGGAGCUGAUGACGUUGGCAUAUGACAAUGGAAUCAACCUGUUCGACACAGCAGAAGUGUAUAAUGCUGGGAAGGCUGAAGUUGUGUUGGGAAGUAUCAUAAAGAAGAAAGGAUGGAGGCGCUCCAGUUUAGUCAUCACCACCAAAAUCUUCUGGGGUGGAAAAGCAGAAAUGGAAAGAGGAUUGUCUAGAAAACAUAUAAUUGAAGGUCUGAGGGCAUCACUAGAAAGACUUCAGCUGGAGUACAUAGAUGUGGUCUUCGCGAAUCGUCCAGAUCCUAACACACCGAUAGAAGAGACGGUGAGGGCAAUGACCCACGUGAUCAACCAGGGGAUGGCCAUGUAUUGGGGGACAUCACGAUGGAGCUCCAUGGAGAUCAUGGAGGCAUAUUCUGUGGCACGACAGUUCAACCAGAUCCCACCUAUCUGUGAACAGGCGGAGUACCACAUGUUCCAGAGGGAGAAGGUUGAAGUGCAACUCCCAGAUCUCUUCCACAAGAUAGGCAUUGGAGCUAUGACAUGGUCUCCACUGGCCUGUGGGAUUAUCUCAGGGAAGUACGACAGUGGGAUUCCCCCUCAUUCACGAGCCUCGCUGAAGGGUUAUCAGUGGAUGAAGGACAAGAUCCUGAGUGAGGAAGGGCACCGUCAGCAGGUGAAGCUAAAAGAGUUGCAGGCAGUGGCUGAGCGACUAGGCUGCACUCUGCCCCAACUGGCUAUUGCAUGGUGCCUGAGGAACGAAGGCGUCAAUUCGGUCCUGCUGGGAGCUUCCAGGAGUGACCAGCUAAUGGAGAAUAUCAGAGCAAUACAGGUUCUCCCAAAGUUAUCACUUUCCAUUGUAUCUGAGGUGGAUAACCUCUUGGGAAACAAGCCCUAUAGUAAAAAGGACUUCAGAUCCUAGGAGCACCUGCGAUGGACUGCCACAGUUGCCCAUGAAUAAGAGAUGUCAACACACAUGGACGAUCUACUGUAUAAGUACAGCAAACGGUGAAUAAUCUGGAAUUUGUUUCUAGAUAACAUAACAAGCCAAAAAAAAAAGAAUGCCAUUACAAAUUUCACAGACUUAUUUCACGCACUUAUUGCCACUUAAUAUCUACAUAUUCCAGUCCUUAUUCUACAAGUCUGACCAUUGCCUUCAAUGGAAAAACAAAAUGAAAAGCUUUGUUCUAAUCCGCUGAGCCACUAAAGCACUAAAGGAACUAGUUUGCAACUAGAAACUAGUUUGUGUAAGUUACAAACACCAAUUGUUGCAUUUGUAUACAAUGAAACACACAGCACACAGCCUGUCAAUCUACUGAGCACAAAACAUGAAUGGAAGAUGCAUUCUGAGUCUAUUUCAGUGUAAGAACAGACAUGUUAAUACUAGAAUCUGGAUUUAGUUCAAAUCACUUUUUUCAAAGACUUUUAGUCAGUUUAAGAAUUUGAUUGGUGACAUGAAUGCAUGAACGUAUGUUUGAUUAAGUGAUGAGUUUUAUUAAAAGCUUCUCUGUGACCUUUUGCCAAACACUGUGAUGGUGCCUGAUUUUUUUUUCUAGAGAUAAUUACAACAAU